AUGGAAAAAAUAACUGAACUUAUUCGUAACUUGAACGAGUUUUCUUUUUCUUUUGAAGUGACUCCUGAUGUUAAUCGAGGAGAUCUAGACGGCUUGAAUAUUAAACCAUUAUUUUUCUCCAUAACAUGGCAUGCUAAGAAGUACGAAAUGACAGAUUUAAAUAUUCCACCAAUACAACUGGCAGAAUUUUUAAGGGAUAAACAGAAGAAUGUCUUACUUCAUCUGUCUUGCGAUCGAUUAAGACGAGCCUAUUUGAACAAAUUGUUGGAUCAUCUUAAAGCCAAGGAGAUUUGCAACUUGCUUCUAGUGAGAGGAGAAGGCUAUGACUCAAGUUCAUCAGACUUCAAAUCUACGUCGGAGCUAAUUACUCAUGUGAGACAAUAUUCUGGAAACUACUUUUGUAUCGGCAUAGUUGGACAUGCAGAUCGAAACGAUCGUUACCAAAGCUUAAAACUGAAAGUCGACGCCGGCGCAGAUUUUAUAAUAACUCAAGCAUUUUUUGACGUAAAUGUUUAUAAAAAUUUUGUGUCAGAAGCAAAAAAACUGAAUAUCAAUAUACCAACGAUCCCAGGGCUGUUCCCAUUUGAAACACGAGAGGAAUUAGAUGGAUUUAUAAAUUUAUGUAAAGUUCAUGUUGAAGAGAAUUUGAUUGAAAAAUUAGUCACUAAUACUGGAGUCACUAGUAUCAAAGAUAUUGCUACAGGAAUGUACAAAGCUAUGCAUGUGAAACAUUUUCAUUUUUUCACGAUGAAUAAAUUUAACAGGACCGCGAAUAUCAUUCAGGAAAUAACAAAAGCAGUUUAA